AGGCAGUUCAUUACAGGUUUUGACCCUGCCUGCAUUCUCCCUCCCUUACAACGUGCACAUUCAUCUCUUCUCCUGGUAUUACUGCUGCCAGAAUGCAAACUUCGUCUCUCUGUCAUCUGAGCAUCAUUCAAAAGCAUUCCGCCCAUUUGUGAAUUAUUCCCUGACUCUUGAUAGGGCAGUGUUACAGGUCCUCUGCCGGCAGAAGGGAGCAGUUCGACAAGACCUGAGGACCCAAGACUUUCAGAAGCUGUGAUGAGCAGACUAGGAAGCCACAAGACAUUGUGAGCUGACUGGAUGUCUUAAUAAGCUUUUAGAUGUGAUUUGGCCAGAGUUGGCAGAGGAAGCUCAAGGGAAAAAGGCGAGUAAAUCGUUGCAGACCCACUGGGCGUGACAACCCUAGGAAGCUAAUGAUCUCUCCAGGAAAGAAUUGACAGCAAUUAUCCAGCAACAGAACACCAUGUAGAAUGGGGAGGACAGACUCCCGGAUGUCCUGAAGAUGGCAUAGUAAUAACAGAGGCACCUUCUAAGGAUCGGGAGCAUCUUGACCCGUGGGAGCCUGCCCGGGCCAGUGGCACCGUGUUGAGCUGAAGGAACUUGUCUACUGCGUUCCUGAAAACCUCUUUCUCUCCUAAUUCAUGAGCCAGCAGGAUGCGGUCGCUACACUUUCAGAACGCCUUCUCAUAGCUGCGUACAAAGGCCAAGCAGAGAAUGUGGUUCAGCUCAUCAACAAGGGCGCCAAGGUAGCAGUUACCAAGCAUGGCCGGACCCCCCUUCAUCUUGCUGCCAAUAAGGGUCAUCUUUCUGUGGUCCAGAUCUUGCUGAAGGCUGGCUGUGACCUUGAUGUCCAGGAUGAUGGGGAUCAGACCGCCUUGCACCGGGCCUCAGUGGUGGGGAACACGGAUGUCAUCGCGGCGCUCAUCCAGGAGGGCUGCGCUCUGGACCGCCAAGACAAGGACGGGAAUACGGCCCUACACGAAGCAUCCUGGCAUGGUUUUAGCCAGUCAGCCAAACUGCUCGUUAAAGCAGGAGCCAAUGUGCUUGCCAAGAACAAGGCGGGGAACACCGCUCUGCACCUGGCCUGCCAGAACAGCCACUCCCAGAGCACUCGCGUCCUCCUGCUGGGCGGGUCCCGGGCCGACCUCAAAAAUAAUGCAGGCGACACCUGUUUGCACGUUGCCGCACGCUAUAAUCACUUGUCCAUCAUUAAGCUCCUCCUCAGUGCUUUCUGUUCUGUCCAUGAAAAGAACCAGGCUGGAGACACAGCGCUUCAUGUUGCUGCCGCCCUAAAUCACAAGAAGGUGGUUAAAAUCUUACUGGAAGCUGGAGCAGAUGGGACCAUUGUUAAUAAUGCAGGCCAGACUCCAUUGGAGACUGCCCGCUACCACAAUAAUCCGGAAGUUGCUCUUCUCCUCACUAAAGCUCCCCAGGUCUUGCGCUUCAGUCGUGGGCGAAGCCUGAGGAAAAAGAGAGAGAGGCUCAAGGAAGAGAGGAGAGCUCAGUCUGUGCCAAGAGAUGAGGUGGCACAAAGCAAGGGAAGUGUCUCAGCCGGAGACACCCCCAGCAGUGAACAGGCUGUACCCAGAAAAGAAGAGGCCAGAGAAGAUUUCCUGUCCGCCUCCCCAGAGCCCAGAGCAAAGGACAACAGGCAGAGAAAGUCAAGGCCCAAGGUGUCAGCGUUUUCUGACCCCACCCCACCAGCAGACCAACAGCCUGGACGCCAGAAGGACGCGCAUGCACAUAAUCAUCCUAAAAAGAGGCCCAGGCACCGAUGCUCCCCCCCGCCCCCUCCCCAUGAGUUCAGAGCGUACCAGCUCUACACGCUGUACCGGGGCAAGGACGGGAAAGUGAUGCAGGCACCGAUAAAUGGUUGUCGAUGUGAACCCCUAAUCAACAAGCUGGAGAACCAGUUGGAGGCAGCUGUGGAGGAGAUCAAAGCAGAGCUGGGGUCAGUUCAGGAUAAAAUGAACACAAAGCUGGGACAUAUGGAGAACAAGACCCAGCACCAGAUGCGCGUUCUGGACAAGCUGAUGGUCGAGCGGCUCUCAGCGGAGAGAACAGAGUGCGUGACCCGCCUGCAGCAGCACUCGGACGCCGAGAAGCACGAGGGAGAGAGGCGACAGAUGUCAUUGGUGGAUGAAUUAAAAACCUGGUGCAUGUUAAAGAUUCAGAAUCUGGAGCUGAAGCUUUCUGGAGAUUCUAGGGCCUCUAGGACCAAAUCCAUACCAUCUACUUGUGAGUCCUCUACAGGUGUGGAUCAAUCAGUGGUCACUGCAGGUCCAGUAGCAGCUUCUGACAGUUCUCCUCAGGUGGUGAGGCCCAAGGAAAAGGCCUUCAACCCCACUGCUCCCCACAGAAUACAGCAGGAGCUGUCUUCCUCAGACUGUACAGGAUCCCGGCUGAGGAAUGUCAAGGUCCAGACAGCCUUGCUACCCUUGAAAGAGGCAGCCAAAUGUGAUCAGCAGGCUGGGCCCUGUGUAGACAGAGGCACCCAAACCAGGAAGUCUGGGAAAAGCGGGCAAACAAGGCAUCGGACCCAGCAGCCAGCACCCAGCAACCCCUGUGGGCCGCCACCAGCAACAGGCAGCGAGCAGACCGCCCCUCACACUCGAGACGCCUCCCAAGCUCUGGAGAUUACCCAGUAUUUUUUUGAAGCUGUUUCUACCCAGAUGGAAAAGUGGUAUGAAAGGAAGAUUGAGGAAGCACGAAGCCAAGCCAGUCAGAAGGCCCAGCAAGACAAGGCCACCUUGAAGGAACAUAUUAAAAGCUUAGAAGAAGAACUUGCUAAACUAAGGACAAAGGUGCAGAAGGACAAUUAGGACCUGGGCGCGGCACAAGAAGGGAUUCUUGAUGAUUGCUGGCUUUGCAGCUCUAGAAGAGCUCUGCCCAAGGUGUCCAUUAUCGUGCACGCAGUGGACUUGUCUUUCAAAAAAAGUCAAAUUUCUGAGAUGUACCAGACCCAUGCUAACUAUGCCCUGAAGUUAUGAUGACUUCAACAGUGAGACUGAAACCGGGGGACGCUUGCUUAGUUUCAGGUUUCAUUACAAACUCAUAACCUCAGUCCAGGCUCAUCUGAGGUUCAAAAGCUCAGAUUAAGUGAGCCACGCUUAGAAACUGACGAUCUGUAGAGUCUAAACCCUAAAAUUCAGGAUGUAUGAAAUAAUACAAAUCGAAAGGAAGAAGAAAAACGAAUCCCUUGUGAACGCCAGUAGUCAUUCAUGUGGCGCACACGUGCUGGGCCCAGAGAGGGCUAUCUUUCUGUGAGCGCUGUGGCUGAGAUGCGCAAAGUCCCCUCUCAAAUUCCUACUUCUCAAAAGGCUGACCUUAUAACCAGAUGAAAACUUAUCGAAUAGAUUUCGAGGAGAAAAAGAUUUUCAUAAUGUCACUAGAUCCAGCAUAUCUUAAAAUAUUUUGCAAAGUCAGAGGGUAUUUAAAAUAAUGAGGAAUUGGUGAAAAGCACUGGGAAUAUUUGUUAAUAAACUCAAAUGAGAAAGGUUCAAAUCACUGGGUCAUUGUUUCUGU